AUGUGCCAUGCUCUUGUCUCCCUAAAAUACUUCCCAUAUAUCUGUGGUUUAUUCCUUGCAGUAACCCUAGCAGUUGCCAUUGGCCUGGGUGUCCAGUACAACUGCAUUGGGAAAUUUCGCUGUCGAUCAUCCUUUAAGUGUAUCCAGAAAUCAGCCAGGUGCAAUGGUGUCUUCAACUGUAAAGAAGGGGAGGAUGAGUACAGAUGUGUCAGGCUGAGUGGGAAGAGGGCAGUGCUGCAGGUGUUCACCUUCGGCUCCUGGCGCACAGUCUGUUCUGACGACUGGAGGGCAGAGUAUGGCAACACCACCUGCAAGCACCUGGGCUUCUCCAGUUAUGUGAGCUCAGGUGACCUGCCCGUGGCUGCAGUUGAAAAACAGUUCCAAAGACAUUUCGUAUCCCUCGGCCACUGGUUCUCAGCUGAUCAAGGGACAUCCCUGCACAAUGCCACCAACCUCAGGGAGGAAUGCACUUCUGGCAAUGUGAUCAUCUUAAAGUGCUUGGCGUGUGGGACCCGGGCCAGCUACGGGCCGCGGAUUGUGGGGGGCAAUGCGUCGUCCCCCCGGCAGUGGCCGUGGCAGGUCAGCCUGCAGUUCCAGGGCCACCACCUGUGCGGGGGCUCGGUCAUCACCCCGCUCUGGAUCCUCACGGCCGCCCACUGCGUCUACGACCUGUACUUGCCGAGCUCAUGGAGCGUUCAGGUCGGUUUUGUGACUCAGCAGGACACCCAGGUUCACCCACACUCAGUGGAAAAAAUCAUUUACCAUCGGAAUUAUAAACCCAAGACUAUGGGGAAUGACAUAGCACUGAUGAAACUGGCAGCACCUCUCACUCUCAAUGGUCACAUUGAACCAAUCUGCCUGCCCAAUUUUGGUGAACAUUUCCCAGCAGGGAAAAUGUGUUGGGUAUCAGGAUGGGGAGCAACUGUGGAAGGAGGUGACACAUCUGACACCAUGAAUUAUGCAGGUGUCCCUCUGAUUUCCAAUGCAAUUUGCAAUCACAGGGAUGUCUACGGUGGGAUCAUAACUUCUUCAAUGCUUUGUGCUGGUUUCCUAAAGGGAGGAGUGGACACCUGCCAGGGAGAUAGUGGGGGGCCUUUAGCCUGUGAAGAUAUGAGUGUCUGGAAGCUGGUGGGGACCACCAGCUUUGGAGUGGGCUGUGCAGAGAAGAACAAGCCGGGUGUCUACAGCAGAACCACCUCCUUCCUGGACUGGAUCCACGAGCAGAUGGAGAGAGAAGAACUGCAGACCUGAGGGGAGUGGCUGUGCUCUGGGCUCCUGAAAACCCACAUCACACUCCAGCCCCACAGAAGGACCCAGCCCAUUCUUCUGAGCUCUGGACCUUCACAGAGCACCUUUGACUGUUUCUUUUGGUUACUGGCAACUGCACUUGGUGCAAACUGUUGCACAUUCAGCCUGCUUUGGGUGCAAGAAGCAGAUGGACGAUGGAUGAUCAGCAUGUGUGUUUACUGUCAGCUACAGAUUUUACACGGAGGGAAAAAAGC